AUGCCCCGAGAGAAAGACGCCCCUUGGCUGGUCAGAGCCGACGACUUUCCUUUCACAUUCGCGUCUCGCGCUUCCCGUGCUCAGGAGGUGCCACCGCAGCCCCCGGCAGCGCUGAAGGCAGCCCCGGGAAGGCGCUCGCCGCGCGCGGGCUCCGGACACUGCGGCUCUCAGAGAGCCCGGGCCACGUGGCCGCCGGGACCCGCCUCCGCCCUGGGGGAGGGGCCAACCCCGCCUCACGGCGCCGGAGGCACCUGCGUCCAAGCGAGUCACGUGACCACAACGGUACGUGUCACGUGGCCCGGUGUUUCCCCCACCCACGGAAGAGCCUGGCUUCUGUCAGGUGGUGCUGCUGCUUCGAGGUGCCCCCCACCCACCCCGGGGGUGAGCAUGGAUUCACACAAUUCAACCAAAGAGGCUGAUAAAGUGGAGACUGAUCCUCUUGUCUAUGUUGGUAGAGAAGAAGAUAUAAAAAGAUCCCAAAGGGUAAUUGCCAGCGUGAAUGGUAGAGAAGUUGUUGUUUUCUACUAUGAAAAGAAAUUUUAUGCCCUGGACUCUCGCUGUUAUCAUGCAGGAGGUCCUUUACAACUCGCCGAUAUAGAGGAUAUCAAUGGACAGCCAUGCAUUAUUUGUCCCUGGCAUAAAUAUAAAAUUACCUUGGCAACAGGAGAAGGAUUGUAUCAAGAAGUUGACCCUACGGAGCCAUCAGCCACACCAAAAUGGAAAUCCAAAGGAGUAAAGCAAAGAAUUCAUAGGGUUAUUGUAGACAAUGGAAAUGUUUAUGUGACUCCUCCUGACUUAUCUGUCAGUUUUGACUCUGAUUUCUAUGCAGACAAAUACAAAAAGACUGGAGGGUCCAUUGAGAAAAAAUAAUAGAACACCCAACAUCAAAAUUUAUGGCUAAAACGCAAACACUAAUGAAUACUCAGUGAAGGCAUCACAAUUACAAGAUGAAGAAAAAUUGUAAACUAUUUUUAGAUGUUGAUAUAAAAUGAAAUGUCACUGUUAAUUUUAUUGCUUUGAAAACAUUCAUAUCUGUGAGUUUCUAAUAUGUAAGUCACCAUUAUGACAGUUUAUUUUUGUUUUUGUCUUGCACAAAAUAUAAAUUUAGUGUGUGUGUGUGUAUAUUAGAUCUGUCUGUAAUGUGGGAAGUGUUAGAAACUAAGUUUCUGGAGUUAACUUUGUCCUAAAAUAUUUUUCCUACUAAAGGAUUAAAAGAUUUAAGUUAAAUAGAUAUUUAAGAAUAAAACUUGUUCUUAUAUAUCAAAUAAUUUAGACUAGGAGCAGGCAGUUAUUUGGGCCCAUAGGCAGUUCUAGGGAACUCACAAGCUAGUCAGCAGCCCACGCCGCUCCCACUGUCAAAACCCUAACAGCCCGCAGCCAACGCACCCUGCGGCUCCUCUGCACCUGUGCCCAGCAGCACCUGAAUACACAGCCCCAACCCUGGCCCACUCCAGACUCACCCUGGCAGUGGUGGCAGUGGAGAGGAGCUGUAAGGCAGACCAGGCACAGGUUCCAGGCAGCUGCAGCAAGAAAGGCCCAGCAGUGGCGAGAGGGAGGCAGCUGCUUUUGCCCCAGGCCUAACAGCAGCUUCUGCCUAGCUGCUGCUGCUCAACAUGGGUAGGUGGUCUGGUGCAGGUCGAAGUUGGGGCUGCGUGCACAGGCCCCUGCCAGUACCACAGGGGUGGGGCUGGCCACGGUGGCAACUGCCACCACCGGGCUCUGCAGCUGGACUUUAUUUGUAGCAGCCAACCUAGCCUUGCUGUGCACCCAAGGGUGGCAGCAGGACACACCAUGGUCCAGAUGGCACCUUGGCCAGGUGGAACUAAGGGGUCUGCUGUGGGCUGGACAAAGUCCCUCCGCAGUCUACUUCUAGCCUGCAGGCUGUAUUUUGGCCACCCCUGGUUCAGACCUUCCAUAUAAUCCUGAGUUUUAAAUUUGAUUGACUUUUCCAGGUCAGAGGAAAAUCUGCAUACUUUAAAAAAACAAUCUUAACAUGGGGUCAGAUUUUCCUAAAGUCCAAGGUGUCACAGAAAACAAAGGAAAAAAUCAACCUUCCCCUUUUUAAAGGGGAAGAGGAAAGCUCUUCUUUGGGACUUCCCCAAGAAGCAGCUUUAUUCAGUCUCCGUCCCCUGUGAAGACCCCCUGCACUCAGCACUAGUGUGGCUUCACAAGGGGCAAGCCUCUGACUUUGGGACUCUGGCUGUUCUCAGUCCCUGGCUUCCCCAGUGAUCCUCCACCUCUGGGAGCUCCUUUUCAGGCAGCUCCUGGGAAGCCGGGAGGGUAUUUUCUAAUUUAAAAGUAGAAGGUUAUCAGGAGGCUGAUGUCCUGGCUGCUUCAAAACAGUCUUCAUUGUGCCAUUCCAGUUCCCUGUCUUCACUUGGACUUUUCUCUGUCCACUCUGGGACCUUUUCUCCAGCUCUCAGAGCUUCCCUCUUUAUCCUCUGGCUCAGUUAGCCACACAUGCAACAAAACAGUUACAAAACUAUAGUCAUACCCUGGGGACAACAGUCAUCCAAUACAAUGAAACAUUAAGUCAUGGGGAACCAAUUAGGGGCAGUCUCUGUGCCCUUCUGUCUUAGAUUAUGAUCUGCCCCUGGGGUGAAAAGAGCAUAUAGAGCAGCAGUUCUCAACCAGGGGUGUGCAGCCCUCUAGCCCAGUCCAGUGCGGCGAGGAGCCACCUUGGUCCCCACCUGCGAGGCAUGGGCAUGGUUAAGGGGCAGGAGGAGCCAUGCAAUUGGCCCUUAAGGCAAUGACCACAGACACCUGUGGUCAUGAGAGAGAUCAGGCUUAGGAAGCCCCAGGGCAGCCUCCUUUUUUUUUCUAAAAGAUAAUAUCAAGGUGGGGAGGGCGAGUGAAGAGGAGGGUGUUCAAAGAAAAACAGACUAGACAAGGGCUGAGUGGCCACCAGGGGGCACCAUGGCUUCCCCUGGAACAGCACUUGUUACAAGGACCUACUUAGGGAACAGUUUGCAAGCGUUAUUUACAGUAAAGCCUGCCCCCACUGAGCCCCACAAAGUGCUCUCAGUGGGACAGGCUAGAAGCCAGCUCACCUAGCUUCCUUCAUCACACAAAGCACUUCUACAUUUUAACGUGCAUUUUCAUGCCUAUUUCUGCAUGUGUGAUUACCCGUUUUUCUUGGUACAAGUACUCAUCUCUCUUAUAGUGUCUGAACUCCUUCCGGUAGUGCAUUAACCAGCGUGACUAGCAGCUAUUGCGUGUGUUGUUUUUGCUUAUGCUGUCCCCAAAAUGGAAAAUUUGUCAUGCAACAUAGUACUUUGUUUUUCAGGUUGGCAUUUUUUUUUUUGCCAAGUAUACACACUGCUGUGUUUAUUUUGAAGAAGUGUGCCUUGUACUUGGAGCAGAAGUUUCUAAUGGUCUUUUGUUCCUAUGGGAAUUCAUUAUAGUCUCAGAUCUGCCCACACAGAAAGCUUGGUGUCCUUGACAGAAGCUUUGCUUUCAUAUUAAAAAGCUUCAUUGUCCCUAAGAAGCAGAACUGUCAUUCAGGAUGGGAUGGAGUCUUCUGACAAAUUGGAGAUUAUUAAAAGCAUUACUCAGGAUUGCUGCAAUGUGAAAGCUUAGUGCUAGUGAGAAAUCAAGGAACACUUUUAAAUUACUGAAUUGACUAAUUGUGGUUGUGAGUCUUUGAUCAAAGGAGACCAUGCCUGGGCUCCAACUUUUUCAUAGAAGUUAGGGAGACAAACAAAAGAAAGUACCGUCUUACUUGGGUUCCGUUUCAACCUACCGCUCUUCAACCAUAAGUUUUUCUCAUUUGAGCACCAGACUUUCUUGAUACUCUUGCAAGCACUGCUUUGGGUAUCAGACAUAUACACUUACGUGUAUAUACAGAAGAUACAUAUGCAUUAUGAAGGUAGGCACACACAUGCUUGUGAAGUUUGGACCUCACUUUAUUCAAAACUGGCCUUUAAAGUUGUAUGGAAAUAUUAAAAAAUAUAGCAUACAUAAUGGUAUUGCUGCUACUCUAGAAUUUUGCAGAAUAGAAUGUAGAAGAGCAUAUUUUGUCAGCUCUGAAGCCAUGCAGGUUUUUCUGUUCAUGUUUCUGACAUAACUGAAUAUGAUAAUUUUUAAAUUACAUAGCAUUUUGGAAAAUUUAAAUAUUGUGGUACAAUGAAGACAGGACAAUCUGGAUGAGAAGAAUGGUUCAGUCACAGUAAAUGUAACAAAGUACACAUUAAUCAGUUUACUCAUAAUCUACUAGUAGACUUAAGUUAUUAGACACUGACCAGUAGUAUUUACUUUGAUAUAUUAAACACCAGAAUAAAAAGCCAUGCCUUUCACGCAAGAUCAGGGAUAUUAACAUACUAGCUUUCUGUGCCAGUGAAAAACUUGCUGUAGACUACAGUACUAAAAACAUCCAUAAUAGGCCUCUCAUAAUAUAACUAUGCUGAAUGACAUGAUUCCAAAGAAAGAUGUUCAUUUUUUUCACUAGAUGGGAAUAGUGAAGAUACUAAUCCACUUGUAUCAACUGAUACUUUUAUUAACAGUUAAUGUUAAGUGUGAGUAUGUUAUUUCCUUUGAGUCUUAAGGUAUAUUUAGCAUACCAGCAAAUAGCUCACCAUACGGCUUAAUUUUCAUGUAGAACUACAGUGGAUUUUUCCUGGUCCAGUGCAGAAUGUAGGAUGUGAAUACUGCUGCUUAUUGAAUUUUCAACAGGAAAUUCAGAAACGACGUGUUUCACUGGAGAGGGUACUGUACAUCUUGCUGCAUCUUCAUAUUUCAGGGAUAAAUCUUUUUUAUCAACACUGUCCUUUGUGUUUUCUCUGGAGGACUUUCCUUGAAUAAUCUCUUUUAUUUUACUUAGUACUGUGUUAAUAAAGAGUGCCUAUUUAAAAGAAUAAAGAUAUAUUUUAGUUUGAGAAA